ACUGAGCCCCGAGAGACACCCGCCGCUGCCGCCGUGUCCCCGGCGCCCCGAGAGCCGAGCGGCGAUGGAUGGAGGCGGCGGGCGGCAUCGCCGGUGGUCCGGAGGGCGCCGGGCGUGCUGAAGGACAGAGGUUUGGUCCUCUCCUCCUCCUCUUUGUCCCCCCGCCUUCUCCCUCAUCCCGUCCGUCCUGAAUGUGAUUUAUCCCGAGCCCUCGCCGACGAGCCAGGCCGGCGGCGCGGGGUGGCCCGAUGGCUGCUCGCGGGAGAGGCGGGCGCGGGGCCCGGGGCCACCGUGCGGGUGGGCGGCAGCGGCUCCGCGCGGGCAUCGCGCUGCUGCUGCCCGUGCUGGCGGCGGCGGCCGGGCUGAGCCUGCAGCCGGGCAGGAUGCGGCACCUGGGCGUCUGCCCCAACCAGCUGAACCCCAACCUAUGGGUGGAUGCCCAGAGCACCUGCGAGCGGGAGUGCCAGGCCGACCAGGACUGCGAAGACUUUGAGAAGUGCUGCACCAACGUGUGUGGGCUGCGGAGCUGCGUGGCCGCGCGCUUUGCCGACGGCAGCGUUCCGGCGCUGGCGCCCGCCGCCUCCUGCGAGAGCUUCGUGUGCGCGCAGCAGGGCUCCGACUGCGACAUCUGGGACGGGCAGCCCGUCUGCAAGUGCAAGGACCGCUGCGAGAAGGAGCCCAACUUCACUUGCGCCUCCGACGGCCUCACCUACUACAACAAGUGCUACAUGGACGCCGAGGCGUGUUUGCGCGGCACCCGCCUCACCACCGUGCCCUGCAAGCACAUCUUCACCUGGCCCGACACCAGCCCCGUGCCGCAGGAGACCACGGCGCGCCCCACGCCGGGCGUCGGCCCCGAGGUGCCGGUGCCCCCCGCGCUGUACACCAACCCCUUCCACCAGUCCGUGCGCGCCGGCGGCACCGUCAGCUUCCGCUGCGACGUGAGCGGCCGCCCGCAGCCCGACAUCACCUGGGAGAAGCAGAGCGAGCGGGAGGAGAACUUCAUCAUGCGGCCGGACCAGAUGUACGGCAACGUGGUGGUCACCAACAUCGGCCAGCUGGUCAUCUACAACGCCCGCCACGAGGACGCCGGCAUCUACACCUGCACGGCCCGCAACGCCGCCGGGCUGCUCCGCGCCGACUUCCCGCUGUCGGUGCUCAGGCGGGAGCCGGGCGGGACCCCGCGCACCGGCAGCCCCCAGCCCUUCCCCAGCGCCGAGUGCCUGAAGGAGCCGGACCGGCGGCGCUGCGAGCCCACGGAGGUGCGCUGGCAUUUCGAUGCCAAGCAGGGCUCCUGCCUCACCUUCCGCUACGGCGGCUGCGGAGCCAACAGGAACCACUUCGAGACGUACGAGGAGUGCCGAGCCGCCUGCCUGGGCAGCGCCCGCCCCACCUGCCUCCUGCCCAUGGUGCAGGGGCCCUGCCAGAACUGGGAGCCGCGCUGGGCGUACAACCACCUGCUGAAGCAGUGCCACUCCUUCGUCUACGGCGGCUGCGAGGGCAACACCAACAACUUCGAGAGCAAGGAGACGUGCGAGGACGUGUGCCCCUUCCCCAAGAGCCUGCAGUGCAAGGCCUGCCGCCUGAAGAGCAAGAUGGUGCUGAGCCUCUGCCGCAGCGACUUCGCCAUCGUGGGGCGGCUCAUGGAGAUCGUGGAGGACCAGGACUCCGGCAUCGCCCGCUUCGCCCUCGAGGACGUCCUCAAGGAUGAGAAGAUGGGCCUCAAGUUCUUCAACAUCAAGUACCUGGAGGUGACCUUGACCGACAUGGACUGGAGCUGCCCCUGCCCCAACAUGACGGCGGAGGACGGGCCCCUGAUCAUCAUGGGCGAGGUGCACGACGGAAUGGCCACGCUGGACCCCAGCAGCUACGUCCGGGCAGCCAACGACAAACGGGUGAAGAAGAUCUACGAGCUGAUGGAGAAGAAAACCUGCGACCUCCUGAACCGCUUCCAGGACUAGGGGACAGCCAGGAUGUGCCGACGGGGGGAGCUGCAGACACAGCACGGAGGGGGCAGCCUGAGGGAGCCCCCGCACCAGUGCCUGUGUUUAGAGGUUACCACUGUCAUGUAGCUCCCCCAACCCCAUGCUGAGCAACAGAGCAGCUCCCACCUCCACUGUAAUUUAUCUGCCGCAUGUUUCCCCCACCGUGUGACCCCCCCCCCCCCGCCCCCAGCCUGUCCAGGAGCAAUAGAGAACUGAGUUGGGUUGCAGAGGGGUGGGAGAUCUGCCAGGACAACCCCACUCAUAAAAUCUUCCCACCUCACCAAAGCCUCUGGGCCCAGUGUAACACCCCUGGUGCUGGACCUGAGCCUUUCCUUGGUGCUGGAGGUGGAACUGGGGACCCCCCACCCCCAGUGUUUGUGCUGAAAACAUCAGGGAGCUGCUGAGGUGUGGAGGGCAAAGCCACAGGGUUUAUUGGGGGGCAGCAGCACAAUCCUGGGGAGGGGAAGGGCAACAUCAUCAACACAGGAAAUGGAGCAAGG